AUGUCGUCCUUCCAAAACCAAGAUAACUUUACGGACAAAUUAGCAUCGCUAAAUCUUAAUAGCACAGAAGAAUCGGUUCUUAAAGAAUAUCGUAAAAAUGACGAAUAUUAUAAAGCUGCUUUGUUGUCUGAAAUUAUAUCUGUCGCUACUAAGAACAUUAUUAGUAGCGGUGAGAUAGAUGAUUUCAAAAAAUAUCUUCAGUUUAUUAUUGGUAUUCUUAAUUAUGAAAAAGAAGAAAACCCAAAAAAAUUCAACGAAACCAUCAAGGACGCAAUAAAAAAUACUAACUUUAUUAUUUUGGCCUGUAAGUACAAUAAAAUUGAUAUUUUAACAUUUAUGAUGGAUGAAAAGAAUCAAACUUACUCUAGCUGUUGUCAACCUGGUAAUUACGAUAAGGAAAAUCAUAAUGCUUUUUACUAUACUAUUCGUGACGAUAGGAAAGAUUUUAUUGAGGUGCUACUUGAUGAAUGGCCAGGGUAUGUUAAUUCUGAAGAGGUGUAUCGAGCUCUUGCAGACGCUUAUGCCGAAGCGGAUUUGCAAAUGUUGACUUUAUCAGACGAAUUAAUCAUGUUUAUCGCAGAACGGUCGAUAGAUCAUUACUUUUAUUCGGAUGAUCAAGAAGAUAAAAAUAUUAUAGUUUCUCUGCCGGAUAUAAAAGCACGUGAUGAAUAUUCAAAUUCUAAUGACCUAAAUAGUAUAUUAUCGCUGCGCUCAAAAUUUAUCACUUAUAAUAUCAAUAUUCUAAAACAACAAAUGAAGGCAACGUACUCGAAAAUAUUUUGGGAAGAAAUUGAAUUUUAUUUGCUUGCAUUUGUUACUUCAAGAGAAAAUAGUAAAGUUGAAAAUAUGAAUCUUCUCAAGUUUUUGAUGCCGAAAAGUAAAUUACUACAUUAUCUUGAUCUUUUUGCAAGUAUUCUUGAGAAUGAAAUGAAGAACAUUGACGACCAAAACCUCGAUACUUUGAAGAACUAUCCUCGUGAAAGUCGAGUCAAGAUGGUACCUAAAAUUCUUAAAUCUAAUCCUAAAGUUAGAGAAUUCUAUGAGGAUUAUCAACGUGUAAAAGACGCUUGUGCUUUAAACCUAAUAAGCCAUUCAGUGGAUAUAUCAUUGAAUAGUUAUUCGGAUGAGAAAGAUAAGCCUGUUUUCUUAGAUACAAAACGUGGACAGAUGGCAGUAAAAAGGACCCUGCAAAUAAUCGCCGAAAUGAUGAAGAAUAAUUGGGAAUCACCAAACAUGACGAGAUCUCUGAGUUUACUGCUUCUGACGACAUUGUCUUCACGUACACGACAGAUUGUCGUUAAUUUUCACAACUCAUCAUUUAUUCAUACUCAAACACGCAAGCUGGGUAAGGGAAACUCUAAUGACCCUAAUGAAGAAACUAUUUUCAAGAAUAUUCAAGCUGAUUUGAAGUUAAUUGAAUGGAUGACGAGGAGUAUUCUUCAUGUUACUCUAAUACAUUACCUUACAGUUAUGUUAGAAACAAUUGUUAAAAUUAAAACUCCUGAAGAUCUUAGAAGUUAUAUAAAUUCUCUUGAUUUAGAUUUCGUUACAGAGUGGUAUGCAGAAUAUGAAGUCGAUCUUAAUUGGAAUUAUGAUACACUAAUUUCAGAGUUUAAUAAUCUUAUAAGUCGCAUAAAAACUGAUGUAGAUGACUCAUUAGAAUCAUUAGAGUUUUUGGUUGAUAAAACUGAUAUUCGUGGAAUAAAUGCAAAAGAUCGAUUUGAGCAUGUUGAUUACUUGAUACAUUUUAAACGCAUGUGCAGUUCUGUAAAUAAAGCGAAUUUUAAUUCUUACUUUUUUCAAAAAAUAAAAACAGAAGCAAAUUUUGCAUUGGACGAAAAGUUGGAUGAAAAAGAAUGGAAAAUUGGUUCGAAUUCAACUUCUUACCAUAUACUUAACUACAUGUUUGCUGCUGCUCCUCGUCUUAUUUCGAAUAAGGCUAUAGUGUUAAAUGCUAAAAAACUGUGUUUAAGAAGUGAUGAAAUUAACGAGAAAAAAAUUGGCAAAAUUUUUCAAACUAAUAUAAAAGAAUUGGAAGAAAAACACAGUCGACAUUUAUCAUGCCUUAUUAAUCAAAAUGAAAUGUUUCAAGCUAUUGAACAAGGUGACAUAAAAAGGUUAGAAUGUGCAAUUAAUACAGGCGCAGAUAUCAACGGGUCAGAUUGUCAUAGGUGGAGUUCUCUGCACUUCGCUGCUAAAGGAGAAUCUUCGCUACAUAUUGCAGCAAAAUAUGGACAAAUUGAAAUUGUUAAAUGGUUUAUGAGAGAUGUAAAAAACCCUGGAGUUCUAGAUAAUUCUAAAGUAACUUCACUACACUUUGCAGUUCGUUUUAACCAGAUAGAAAUCGUCAAAAUACUAUUGCAGAGUAAGACGGAACUUUCAUUUAAAGAAUUGAUCCAUUUAGCAGUGUUGAAUAAUAGUAAAGAUGUUGUUGAGUUUUUAGUACAUUGUUGUCUAAGUAAUGAGAACCAAACCCCACUACAUAUAGCGGCGAAAAAUGGCUACGCAGAACUGACACAAUAUCUAAUUAGUCUUCAACCUGAUGUAAAUUGUCGUUCGGAUGGAGAAGUAACACCUUUGCUUGAUGCUGCCGUCUAUGGUCAUGUGGAAACGGUAAAAAUAUUACUUUCAAAUAAUGCGGAUGUCAAUAUUGGUAGUAAUAAAGGAACCACAGCGUUGCACGUAGCUGCUCAAUAUGGACAUGAAGAAGUCGUAAAAGUUUUGCUUGAAAAUGUUUUCAAUGGUUAUCCCGAGAUAGUUCAACUUUUGCUGGAAAAAAAAGCUCUAGACAUACCGUAUGAAGAAAGUGGGAAUUCAGCAGUGCACUUAGCUGCUAUGAACGGUAAUAUUGAAGUAAUGAGAUUAUUAUUUCGACAAAAAGGACAACUAAAAAAAAGAAAUGUGUUUCAUGAAAAUCCACUAUAUUUGGCGGCAAGAUAUGGUCAUCUCGAAGUUGUUAAAUUUCUGGUUGAGCGCGGUGCUACUUGUAACAAUUCAAAUGAGUGUCGCAACUAUAAUCCACUGCACGCGUGUGCAUAUGCAAAUCAUCCGGAAGUUGCUAAAUUUUUCAUCAGUCAAAAAGUAGAUCUUGAUGCAAGGACGAAAGAAUUCUCAACUCCGAUAAGUAUUGCUGCUUUUGGGGGAUCUUAUGAAAUUGUAAAAUUAUUGGUUGAAGCUGGUUGCAAUUUUAACGUUAAAAAUGCAAGAGGUGUAACACCUCUGCAUUCAGCUAUAAUGAGAAGUCAUCUGAAGGUAGCAGAAUAUCUAUUAACUCAAGAUGUUGAUGUUAAGGCAGCAACAACUAAUAAGAAACUUCCAAUUCAUGUAGCACUAGAAAGUAAUCUAUUUAACGUAGUCCCCACUCUAAUAAACAAAUACAAAAAUUCGGUUAACUAUCAGGACUGUUUGAACGAAACCCCUUUGUAUAUGUUGUGUAAAUGGAACCAUCCUGAAUUGGUACAAGUUUUCAUAAACAACGGAGGAAAAAUAAUUUAUGAUAGUAAGCAUUGUAUGAAUCCAGCUCUUAGUACUGGGAGUAAAGACGUUAUAGAUGUAUUAUUUAAGAACGGGGUCAAUAUUCACGGUGUACUACCUGGUGGAGUACCAUUUCUUCAUCGAGCUGUCCAAUUUGAACAAUUAGAUAUUGUUAAAAUGUUAGUUGCUAAAAAAGUAGAUGUUAAUGCUUUUUCAGCUGUUAAAGAAACAGCACUUAUGAUCGCUGCAUAUUAUGACUUUAGCGAGAUAGCAGAUUUUUUGUUGAAAAACAAAGCUGACCCACGCUUAGAGAAUGAAAGUAAUCUCUCCGCUCUAGACGUUGCAAUUAUGAAAAAUAGUCUUGAUACAUUCCACUUAUUAUAUGAAUCAUUAAAAGUAGAAGUUACCGAUAAAAUAAAUCCUAAAUUCAAACCCUUGCAUGAUGCAGCUUUUUACGGUAAAGCUGUAAUGGCCAAAUUUUUGAUUGAACAGAAAUUUGAUGUUAACGGUCUUAAUUUGAAUGGAAAUACACCUUUACAUAUGGCUGCCAGUGGUAACCAUCCAUUAAUAGUUGACAUUUUGUUGGAGCAUGGUGCACAUUAUGAUUCUGAAAACUCUGAGAAUAAAAAACCAUGGAAUUUAGCACAAGAUGAAUUAACAGUCUUUAAACUUGAAAUAAUAGAUAGUUUGUUUACUUAUGCUAAAGAAGGUGAUUACAAUGGGUGUUUAGAUUGUUUGAGACGAAAUGCUUUUGUAAAUGCCAGAAAUGUUUAUUCUUUAACACCAUUGCAUUACGCAUGCCAGAAUGGUUUUUCUGAUAUUGUUAGACUUUUACUAGACUUCAAUGCUGACAUAAACAUGACAGCUAACUAUGGUACACCUCUUGUAUAUGCUGUUUUAUUCGACCAUUAUAAGGUUGUUAAAAUUUUACUAAAGUAUGGUGCGGUUUAUAAUGUGGCAACUGAAUUUGGCGGUAACUCUUUAGCGUAUUUGUCAGGAAAUUUUGAUAUUAUUUGUCUUUUAGAACUUAUUGACAAAGUAUUUGAUGCAAUUAAAAAAUGUGACACUAGCAUAGUUGAUGAGAUAAAAAAAAUUAAAGAUCUUGAUAUUUUGCACUGUAUGCUGAAUACUCGCAAUGAAAACAAACAACAAUUAUAUCUUGAAGCACAAAAUAGUAAAUUUCCAGAGGAAAAAUUGGUUGAAAUUUAUGGAUGGGAAGCUUAUUUAUUCGCUCAAAAAUGCAAUUAA